AUGGAUCAAUCAACGACCGAGCAGCUUCACAGCGACCAGCAGCUUGAGCGCGUCACAAUUGGCGACAAAGAGACAGAGAAAGGCGAAGCUGAUACAGUGUUGGUUGCAGGACAGAAGCGGGACGAACAAGACGUUGGCAGGAGAGAGAUUCGACCCGAGAAGAGGCAGAAGACUUACGGCGUCGAAUUGAAGGCUCGUGGCGUCUGUAAUCGUCAAGAUGAAAAGAACUUGGAGGUAGAGAAACCGGUAUUUCGACCAUGGGAGACGGUAUCAGGAUCGCUGCAUGUCUUGGACGCACGGGGGAACGUGGAGCAGACCGGAGGAGCUACGAGAACGUGCAAGAUUGCGGGCUUUGACUUGGACGGGACGCUCAUUGUGACGAGAAGUGGACGCAAAUAUGCACUGGAUCACAACGAUUGGAAGCUUUUUCACCCGACGUUGGUGCCGAAAAAGCUGGACGAGUUGGUGCGUCAAGGGUACACGCUCGCGAUUAUCUCGAACCAACAUGGGGUUGCUAAGGGACAUGUCACGGCGGCUCAGAUGCAGAAUAAGCUGGAGGCUAUUGUAAAGAAGCUGGGGUUGCCUAUGCUAGUCUGUUUUAGCACCAAGGACGAUAAUAUGCGUAAACCUCGGUUAGGCGCGUGGAAGGAACUGACAAAGCGGCUGAGCACGAAGAGUGAACAAGGGAUUGAUAAGGAAGUCAGUUUCUAUUGUGGAGAUGCUGCAGGAAGACCGAAGGUCGCAGGUCGCUCGAAAGACUUUGCUUCGACGGAUUACCAGCUUGCGUUAAACGCUGGGGUUCGCUUUUUCACGCCUGAAGACUUGUUCUUAGGUACGAAACAGCGGGUCCACACGCGUCCCGACACGUGGGAGCUUGGCUUUGAUCCCAAGUCCAUCACUUUGAACGACUCUGCUGAACCUUUGCUAGAUCCUCCGUCGGCUCAAGCCGUGAAAGAAGAGCAGGAACUGGUCGUCCUCGUUGGCCCGCCCGCAUCGGGAAAGUCAUUUUUUGCGAACACGUAUUUGAGCUCAUACGUCGUCGUAAGUCAAGACGAACUGCAGACAGCUGCUAAGUGCAAGAAGAAGUGUGUUGAAGCGAUCACGCAGAAGAAAAGUGUGGUCAUCGACAGUACGAAUCGUGACCCGCGUGCAAGAAAGGAGUGGAUUGCAAUUGCGAAGGAAAAAAAUUUGCCCAUUCGGUGCUUUGAAAUGGAUAUCGACAAGCCGCUUUCGAUGCACUUGAACACGUUCAGGUCGCUGACGCUGGAGCGCAAAGUUCCGGACGUUGCCAUUCAUGGGUUUUACAAGAAUGUCGUGCCACCAACGGUCAACGAGGGGUUUGCAGAAGUUGUAAAGGUCCCAUUCCGAAUCGACAGAAACGUCUCCGAAGCCGACCGAAUACUGCUGCAAUCCUACAUUUGA